UUAUCCUGCCAUAAGAAAUGUGAGGUGAAGGUAGCCACAGCAUGUGCUCCAACCACUAACUAUGAACUGUCUCCCAGUCACGAUCUUCCUCUGAAGCAUGUGGGAACCCCGGCAUCCGUACGGUCUUUCAAGAGCACAGACUCCAGAGGAAGGCCAUCCAGGAGCCUGAGCCUAAUCCAGGCCAUGGAAGAGGGGUAUGAUGUGGAUUUGAUCUACAUCACCGAGCGCAUCAUCUCGCUGUCUUUUCCUGGUAUAGCAGAAGAGCACAGCUACAGCAUGCACCUGAGGGAGGUGAUCAGCAUGCUGCGCUCCAAACACCAGCAACACUACUUGCUGCUAAACCUCAGUGAGCAGCGGCAUGACAUCACCAAGCUCAACCCAAAAGUGCUAGACUUUGGCUGGCCAGACCAUCAUGCUCCUGCACUAGAUAAGCUCUGCAGCAUCUGUAAAUCCAUGGACACUUGGCUUAAUGCUGAUCCUCAAAAUGUGGUAGUGUUACAUAAUAAGGGAAACCGUGGUAGAACUGGGGUAGUUGUGGCUGCCUAUAUGCACUACAGCAACAUUUCCGCCAGUGUGGAUCAGGCUCUGGACAGAUUUGCCAUGAAGCGGUUUUAUGAGGACAAGGCCAUGAUAGUAGGCCAGCCAUCUCAGAGGAGAUAUGUGCAAUACUUUGCUGGACUUCUCUCUGGCCAUAUUAAAAUCAACAACAAGCCCUUAUUCCUUCACCAUGUCAUCAUGCACGGCAUUCCCAAUUUUGAGUCUAAAGGAGGUUGCAGACCAUUCCUCAAGAUUUACCAGGGAAUGCAGCCGGUAUAUACGUCUGGAAUAUAUAAUGUACAAGGGGACAGUCAUACAAGCAUCUGCAUCACUAUCGAACCAGGCCUGCUGCUAAAAGGAGAUAUACUGUUAAAGUGUUACCACAAGCGCUAUCGCAACCCCAGCAGAGAUGUGAUCUUCAGAGUUCAGUUCCACACAUGUGCGGUACAUGACUUAGGGGUGGUUUUCAACAAGAAUGACCUGGAUGAGACAUUCAAAGAUGACAGAUAUCCUGAGGAUGGAAAAGUGGAAUUUAUUUUCUCUUUUGGACCAGAAAAGAUGAGAGGACUGGAUCAUCUGGAGAAUGGUCCUAGUGUUUCUGUGGAUUACAAUACCCAGGAUCCCCUCAUCCGCUGGGACUCCUAUGAAAACUUCAAUAGGAGAUGUGAGGACAACACUGAUGAUGUUGCUCACACUCAAGGCCCACUUGACGGUAGCCUCUACGCUAGGGUGCGCAAAAAAGAUUCACUUGAUGGUGCUGUUGAUGGUUCUGCAGCCAGUAGUCGCACUGCACCUGCAAUUGAACACGCUGUCCAGGCUGGAAACCACGCCCUUCCUCUUCCAGUAGCCAAUCCACCACUUCCAGCUGCUGAUCAUGCCCUAUCAGUAAGCAGCGACUCAGGUAACUCCACAGCCUCUGUCAAGACUGAUCGCACGGAUGAUGCCCAGCAAUCCUUGUCCUUAUCUGGCCCAGUAAACCUCCCUGGGCAUGAUGCCCCAAUCAGCCCUAGUGAAAAACGGGAGCUUGAGCAGCUGCUGAGUGGGCUAGAAGGCCCCUCGCUUCUCCCUCGUCAAGGCUUUCACCCUGCAGCCACCACCAGUCCCGGAGUGGGCAUAAGGCAUCUUGUGCCUGCCCAAGUCCAUGUAAACGGACGUACUGGUGCCGAGCGGGAGACAGACAUUCUUGACAACGAAUUACCAGACAACAGUGCUGACAACCUUGGAACCAUAUCUUCCACUGAAGGUCGUGAUACUCAGACAGACAGACAGUCACAGGCCGAGUCUGCUAUAAUUGAGAUUGACGGACAAAAAGGGUUGCUUCAAGAAAGGAGGCCCACGGGUGCCAAAGAAAUGCCUGUUAAUCAGGUGAGAGGCUCCUGCUCUGCUCAGGAGCGUCUGGUAGACUACAGUGUACAAAACGGUGGAAUGUAUCGCUCACAAUCAUAUGGUGCUUCACUGCUGGAUGGAGGUUCUCAGUAUCUGCCACAGGCCCCUGAGCGCAGUACCAGCAGCAGAGAGGCAGUGCAGCGUGGCCUGACUGCCUGGCACCAAUAUGGCCUGAUUGAUGAUCCGUUUUUUGGUCCAAACAGCGGCCUGCCUUGCUUCCCUACCCGAAGUGGUUCUUCGCAGAAUAAUGUGGAGCAGUCCAUAGAUGCCCUUAACAUGCUCAUGCUGGACCUGGAGCCACAUACACCAAUCCCCAUGUCUCAAAGUGCCCCUCCGGGUGAAAACAGCACUGCCUUUCAACCAUUUACUAAAACCCUUUCCAGACCGUCGUACCAGGCAGAUCAUGCCAUUCAUAAUUUCACAGGUGAACAACCUCUCUCUGCUUCAGCAAGCUUCGGCCAGUCCUCUCAAAGAUCUUCUCCUGCCUAUGCCAUGACCCCACCAGAGGACUUUCACCACAGGCACUAUCAGACUCCACAAUCUCCCUCACCCACCUACCAGCAAGACCCCUACAGUCUGCGAGGAGGUUCAGUCACAACUCCAUCCCCAACAAUGUCCCUGCCAUCUCCAAUCAAGCCCCAGACCAUUAACCCUGUAAGUGGAGCAUUGUCCUACUCUUCAGACCUGCAGGCUUCAUCCCCAUAUCCAGUUAACCAGCAAAGCCACAGUGCAACCUCCUCUCCAAUGCCCCCUAAUACCCCAGUUAAGGAACCUGAUCCUGAAGAGGAAAACCUUAAUCUAGAAGGACUAGUGGCCCACCGUGUGGCAGGAACACACUCACACACAGUAACACCAGAUGAGGCUACUUUCAGCACUCGCCGCCGCCGCACUACCAGUGAGGGCCAGUACAAUAGCCAUCAUGCAGAAAACUCUGAUACUGGCUUGAGAUCUCCACAGCAGUGUGUUUCACCAGAGUUUGUCAACACCAUUGCUAUGAAUCCUGGAGGACGACCUAAAGAGGGACACGUACAUAGCUACAGAGAUGCCUUUGAGGAGGUGGUCCCUGCACCUGUUAGCCCCACCUCCAGCAGUGGUGGUGAGAUACACCCUUUGACCCCUGCCUUCCCUGUUUCGCCAGUCACCUCACCACAGACCCCAUAUUUCAACUUGUGUCGAUCGCCACCAUGUCAGAGUAAAACUCCUUUCUUUUCUGUAGGCCCAAAAUCUCCCAACCGGUCUGAGGUUCUGUUUCAGCACAGCAGUUCAGAUUCUGAUUCUAGUGAUGAUUUAGAAGACCCUCAAGGCUACCCAGGUUCUGAGGUUCAAGGAGGAGGACUAGUGUCCCCAGUGCACUCGUCCUACCCUUCUGCUUUCUCAGACAGACAAGCUCACCCUUUACAUGGUGUCAGUCCACAGCUGGCCAGCAGUGUCAUCUAUCGUGAUGGCAGCAAUGUAAGGAAUGUCACUGCCGUUCCCUCAUUUCCGAAUGAUCCUGUCCAUGCCCCGCUUUUCCCAGACCCUCUGGGCUACCUUGACCCAGAGGAGGCCACUGUGAACGUAAUGGGGGUGCACCGAGUUCCUGGCAGUCCCAACACACUUCAUCGCACAGUUGCCACCAACACACCCCCAAGCCCGGCCCUCCAGCACCGGAUUGGUGGCCAAGGCAGCCCAGGAAUAGGACGUCACAUGGUGCUCACUGAAGGUCCCAGUGAAUCCUCUAUGCCCAACAGCCCCCUGCUAAGCCGGAGUGGCAAAUUUGUUCCACCUAGCCCCAUUCUGAGCCGGCACCCUUUACCUGCACCCAAACCUGGAAAUCCCACAGCAAAAGAGCAUGUUACAGUCGAUGACAGGCAAGGUGCACAGUCUAGGCAGAGCAUAUCCUCUGUGGGGCCAAACACGAUGCAAACACAAUCCAUCCCUCUGGAUCAGACUACAAUGAAGAGGGAGCAGAGUGUAGAGAGAGUAUCAGCAGACAGCAUGCAGAAUAGCAAGAAUCCAUCCCCAAUGCCUGCACAUGCACCCAGUCCCACUCUACGUAGCCCACUAGAGUCUGCAGUAGUUUCCAUCUAUGCUGAUGGUCCUCCAGACAUCAAACUCAAUGUAAAGUUUGUUCAGGAUACAUCCAAAUUCUGGUACAAGCCAGACAUCUCAAGGGACCAAGCUAUCAGUCUGCUGAAAGAUCGCGAGCCAGGGGCUUUUGUGAUCCGUGACAGCCACUCGUUUCGUGGUGCUUAUGGUCUUGCAAUGAAAGUGGCCUGUCCUCCUCCAACUGUGCAACAGAAUAAAAAAGCUGGUGACAUGACAAACGAAUUAGUGCGACACUUCUUGAUUGAGACAAGCUCAAAAGGUGUCAGACUGAAAGGCUGUCCCAAUGAACCAUGCUUUGGAUGUCUGUCUGCACUGGUGUACCAACACUCGAUCACACCGCUGGCUUUGCCAUGCAAGCUUAUGAUCCCCACCAGAGAUCCCAAUGAAGAAGCUUUGGAGUUGGCCACAAUGGCAGAUUCUGCAACAGAUCUCCUGAAACAAGGAGCAGGGCCACCAAAGCAUCAUGAAGAGUCUCAUGCUUGUAAUGUUCUGUACAUAAAUUCAGUGGACAUGGAGUCUCUGACUGGACCACAGGCUGUGGCCAAAGCCGUUAGCAAGUCUCUGGAUGCCAACCAGUCUCCAACCGCAACAGCUGUCCAUUUUAAAGUGUCCUUGCAGGGUAUCACUCUCACAGACAAUCAGAGGAGGAUCUUCUUUCGUCGUCAUUAUCCGAUCAACACAGUCACAUACUGCAAUGUAGACCCACAAGAUCGGAUAUGGAAAAAGAUAGAUGGAGGCUCAGCGAGGCUCUUCGGUUUUGUGGCUCGAAAGCAAGGAAGCACAACCGAUAAUGUGUGUCAUCUGUUUGCUGAGCUUGAUUCUAACCAGCCUGCCUCGGCCAUCGUUAAUUUCAUCUCCAAAAUCAUGCUCAACGCUCAGAAGCCCUGAGGAAAGUGACCCAAAGAAAAUACCUCAAUGGUUAAACUAAAUUUCAACCUGGGUGUGUUUUCUCUUGCCAAAAAGAAUUUUCUUUAUUUUCUUCCAACUGGUGUGGAUAUUAAUAGUUGUCUUCAGUUGAUGGAAGCUGGGCCUGUUCUGAGAUUUUUGUUGCGAAAACAACUCGGAGGAGUAAUGAAAUGUGAUUAAUAGCCCAGUAGCCUAUCACACAAACUUUUCUGGAAAAGAAAAUGAGAAAAUACAAAGGGAAACUGUUAUAGGGACAUUUUAACGAUAACGUGCAAGAGGACAUGGUUGAACCAAAGGUAGAGCUCAGAAAGAAAAAAAAAAAAAACAUGCCAUGUGGGACAAUUUAUUCUUCAAAAAGAUUUAAAAAAAUCCCUAGGGAUUAACCUAUUUGUCUGGGAAAAAAGUAUGAAGAUGACAUUUGCAUGUUUGCUUGCAAGUAACCUUCAAUAUGUUUGAACUUGAAGAUAAAAGCGCAGCUUGCUGUUGUGUAGAAACUUUUUUUCUGAAAAAAGAAAACAGUUCCUUUCUCAACAGACCAAAUGCAUCUUAGAAAAAAAGAAUACACUGUGGUCCAACAUUGGCAAUAAUAUUCAUCUUUCCCAGGCCUGUUGAUUUUGUUGGAUAGUUUGUGUGUGUGUGCCUGUGGAUGUGGGACUUCUAAACGUACUGCCAUCAGAUACUGCGUGUAAGGCUUAUUAGUGAUGGACAAAGAUCUGACCGGUGACAUUCAGCUGAUUUCUUGAUACCAUAAUGAUAGUAAAAAAAAUCCACAGCACCCUGCACGUGGUAGUAGAUCUUUAGAUCUUGUGUUCUGUGCUCAGUCGUUGAUCAUAUUUCAUCCUUCGGCUUCUGCACCACAGGCAACAUAUGCUAAAUGGACCCUCAUUAUCAUCACCAUCAUCAUCACAGUGCUUGAAUGCAUGUGUAGAUUAAUUUAGUACUCAAAAGAAAGGUCUGAAACUGAGACUUGAUGUUCCUUGCAAUGAGAUAAGGACUCACUGGAGUAAAAAAAAUGCUAUGCUUGUAUGGUGUGUCCUUCUCAAAGCAUGGUUUUAUUUAAAUACAAAAAAGUAGAUUAUUUUUUUAAUUAGAGGAUAAUUUCUCAGUCAUAGUUACAACCUCAUCCUUUCUCACUGUAUCAGCUCCUGACUUUUAACAAACAUAAUCACACAUUAAUCAUAGCUAACAACAAAUGAUAAUAGGUAUGAAAAGAAUUCUUAUAUUACUAGAUAUGUAUGUAUUACUAUAAAAAAGAUAACUAAUGAUAUAUUUAUUUUUGUUGCUGUUACUCAUAAGUAAUAAAUUUAUUGUUCAGGAAAAAAAUGCCAUAAAAAGACUUAUGUUGAGAGAUUUAAAAAUAAUGGAUAAAGCAAAGGAGUUUGUGCUAUCACUUUGUUUUGAGUAUGUGUUCAUUGUGUUAAUUUUGCUGUUUUAGGAUGGAAAGACAUCAAUGCAGAAGAUUAAAAAAAGAAUAAUGUAGGCAUACUUAAGAAAAAGACUAUGUGAUUACCAACAUAUAUAAGUUUUGCCAGGAAUGCUGUCUGUUAUUGUGCAAUUCAGAGUUAUCACGCACAUUAUCUGAAGUAUGAUCAUGUGUACAGUGAGAAGUCACAUGUGUAGGAAUGUAAAAAAAAAAAAAGGCAAUGCAAUACAUUGUUUGCCAAAGUAAUGCUGAAUUUGAUGCAAUUCCACUGAUGCAAUUGAAGUGACACUGCUUUUGACAUCCACUUACCCCACAGAUGAUUAGAAAGCACUUACAGAUUUAGAAUUAAUCUGAUGUUGAAAGCAACUGGGUUUUUUUUCUUCUUUUUUUUCAUGUUUGUUAUGUAAGAUCUUAGAUUAUAAAUUAAAGUUGCAUUACUUAUAAGCUAAUUUAGUUUCUGCAAACAUGAUACCAACUUUGACAAUGUGAAUUUAGUACAUCAGUUCCCUUAACACAUAAAUUACUAAAAGAUUUAUUUAGUAUUCUAAACUCUGGUGAUGAGCUCAUCUCUUGCAUAAGUGAACAUUUUCUCAAUCUGUCUUCAAUGUACUUAUGUUUUUGUAGAUUUUUAUUUAUUUAUUUUUUGUGUCCAGCAAAAAGAGGUUUCUAAAAAUUGAGGUCUAAUAUAGCAGUGCUAAUAUGUGUUCUGUUAACUGUUACAGGGAAGUAGACAGCUUUGUUGACAGGUUCUUGAAGGGCUCGAUUUUUAAAGGUGUGAAUGGACUACUAAUGCUACACGGAAUUUAUAUGUUUACUUUUUCAUGUGCUUGUUGUCAUUACUUCAUUGUCUCUGAAAAAAACAAACAUUAAAAGCAAUACAACACUGUUUCAAAA